UAGAGAUCCAAAGCCGUCUCGCAGGUCUUAAAAUGCCACCCGAUCAACUUCCCAUCGCAACAGGAUGCCAAUUUUUUCCCAGAGGGGUUGUAAUACCACAUGGUAGGGGUAUAAAUACUCAACAAAGUAUCUGAAAAGGCAUCAGUUUCUUGUGAACACCAGCAAAAGUUAUAUCAACUAAAAUGAAAUACAUAAUUCUCCUUGGAUUUUUAUUCGCGACGACGUUCGCUGAAGAAGAACCACAAGCCGAAAAAGCCAAGCCCAUUUUGAUUCCGGAAGCACGAGCGUUAGAUCUCCCGAAUGAACAACGUCCAGAUGAAGAACAACAAUUGCAACAACAACCACAACAGCAAGAACAACAACUGCAGCAACUGCCACAACAGCUGCCGCAACAGGAACAACAAGAAGAAAAUAAAAGACCGCAAAGACAUUUAUUGUUAGAAACGUAUGAGACUCCGUUAUUGUACUCGGCGUAUCAAACGCAGUAUUUGUACCAAUAUCCACAACCUUUGCUUUAUUAUCAACCGUCGGCUCUGUUCCCACAACCUUAUGUCUUGCAGAAACUUGCCAAAAAAUAAUUUCAUUGGAAUGAUAAACAAUGAAAGGAUCAUCAUCUAGUAUUGUAGUAUUGCACAAAAAAAUCAUGCAUCAAAAAAAUUCAUAAAUAAAAAAUUACAUCAUCAAA